AUGGCGUGGGAUCAACUGACGAUAGACAAGCCCCAUCUGGUGUACAUCAUUCUAGGCGGAUUCACCAGCAUUUUCAUGUUAUGUUCGCUGUUCAUCAAGGAAAAGAUGUACAUCGGCGAAGCCACAGUGGCCACCAUUUGCGGCGUUAUCUUCGGACCACAUGCGGCCAAUCUCAUCAAUCCUCUCACCUGGGGAAAUGCCGACAAGAUCACUCUCGAGUUCUCUCGCAUUGUGUUGGUGGUCCAAUGUUUCGCCGUCGGUGUCGAGUUGCCGAAGGCGUACAUGGAGAGACACUGGAAGUCCGUGGUCUUCUUGCUUGUUCCAGUCAUGACCUUCGGCUGGCUCUCGACCAGUUUGUUUGUUUGGUGGAUGGUCGAGCCUCUCUCGUGGUUAGAGUCCCUGGCUGUUGCAGCUUGCGUCACAGCUACCGAUCCUGUCCUGGCAUCUUCGGUUGUGGGUAAGGGCAAGUUCGCAAAAAGAGUUCCCAAGCAUUUGAGAGACGUCUUGUCCGCCGAAUCAGGCUGCAACGACGGGAUGGCAUUUCCUUUCAUUUAUCUUUCCUUGUACUUGUUGAGGUACGACCUUAACGCUCGAGAGGUCGUCUACCACUGGACUUGCUACACAAUUCUCUAUGAAUGUGUCUUUGGCGCCUUUUACGGAGUCAUGGUGGGCUACAUUGGCCGCCAUGCCAUCAAGUUCGCAGAACGGAAGGGCGUGAUAGACCGAGAAAGUUUUUUGGUGUUCUAUUUCACCCUGGCCUUGUUCUGCGCCGGUUCAGGCAGUCUACUAGGUAUGGACGACCUUCUCAUUGGGUUUGCAGCUGGCGUCGGGUUCUCGAAUGAUGGUUGGUUCACUGAGAAGACCGAAGAGUCCCACGUCUCCAACGUUAUUGACUUGCUCCUCAAUUUGGCAUACUUUGUCUAUUUCGGCACCAUCAUACCCUGGGAUCAGUACAAUGCUCCAGCGCACGGUCUGGUUCCUUGGAGGCUCGUCGUCAUCGCCAUUUUCGUCGUUCUCUUCCGUCGAAUACCUGCGAUGCUGGCUUUGAAACCGCUUAUUCCGGACGUCAAGACCUGGCGAGAGGCUCUUUUCGCCGGUCACUUUGGGCCCAUUGGAGUAGGAGCGAUCUUCGCGGCAAUUUUGGCCCGAGCAGAACUGGAGACAGACUCGGCGCAGCCGUUGGCUGUGCUUCCCACUCCAGGGACGAAAGAUUAUAACUUGAUCUACCUGGUGUGGCCCAUCGUGACAUUCCUGGUCAUAACAUCGAUUCUUGUGCAUGGCUCAUCCAUCGCUGUUUUUACGUUGGGCAAACGGAUCAACACAUUGACAAUCACAUUGUCCUACACUCAAGACAACGACAAAGGGCCUGCUUGGAUGAGCAGACUGCCCAGGAUCACUUCCCAAUCUAGGUCAAUGUCGCGUAUGUCCGAAACCUCUGACCAUGAACCGGAUGAGAAGUUGGACAUUCCGCCCGGGGAACUGCCUCCCAUCGGUAUUCCUAAACUUCACCUAAGACGACAGCGUGAGGACGAAUAUGAGAAAAGGCCAGGAUCGCGAUCUUCGAGCGUUGGACGGUCACGGUCACGCAGACGCAAGCGGCGUGGUGGCGCCGAAGAUCGCCCAGGUGGACCGAUCAGUCAAAGUGCCAUUGCGCCCCAGAGACGUGCUGAGCCAACUCUGUCGCAACAAGAGUCAGGCUCAGAUACGCUGGCUGAAAAGUCUGGAGAAACCUCACCCAAAAGUCCCACAGACCGACUUGUCACUGGUUCUCCGACUUCGUCGCCGGAACGGGAUAUGGUGGAGGCUCGGCAUGAAGCUGAAUACGAGGAGGGAAAGCGUCGACGACGAAGUCCGUCACCAGACAGGCCUGCAGAUGUCGAAGCUUAUGAAGAAGGGCACAACAUUGUGGUUGAGGAUGAAGAGGGCAAUGUUGUAGAGACUAUUGAUACCAGCGAGAUGACCGAAGAUGACAAGGUCGGAGCCAUCGAGAAAGCACGGAAUCGCCUGACGCACGACGAAAGCGGCGAAUUCACCAAGCAUAAGCAUCGGCCACAUCCGAAAAAUGAAGGUGAGGAUAUGGAGAAGGAGGUGGGAGACGCUGUUGGGCAACCCCAAACGACGAUGCGACAAAAGCUUGAUCGGUGGACAGGUCUUGGUAAACGCAAGGAUGAGGAGGGUGGGCCGAGUCCGGAGAAGAAGAAGAAGGCCGAGGUGACGCAAGAUGCACGAAAGAGAGGUCCUGCUCAUGCCUACCAGUUCGGAAACACGAUUAUUGUUGAAGAUGAAGAUGGCGAGGUCAUUAAGACAUACAAAAUACCCGCUGAUGAGGCUGGUGGUGAUGGGCGUCGUGGGCAGCAAUACCGAGAAGGCAUGAAACGAAUGGGAACCUGGGUUGGUAUAAAUCGGCAGCCCAGUGUAGCCGGGCCAAGUACUAUGCCUUUGCCUACAGAGGGAGAACCUGCUCCGAAGCGGGAACCUCCACCGACGCACAUGAGACGUUCUUCGACUGAUGAUGGGUUGCGAAUGACCAUCUCAAGUACUGAUCGAUAUGGUCUUACUGGGCAGAAGAAAGUUCGAAACGCACCUGGCACGAUUGCUCUUGGUUCUGGAAGACGAUUGUCAACGAAGGACUUCAUCAAGCAGAUGCAACAGCUCGAUCCAAAGAACAAGAUCAGGGAGAUCAACGAAACCGAUGCACCUGAGGAUGUUAAACGUGAGUUGCGUGAGGCAGCUAAAGAUGAAGCUGCCACCGGCAGACCUUCACGGAUCCGAGCCGAUACCAGCACCAGCGCGACUCUGAAUGUACCUCGGACAGAUGCAGUCAGAGGGCGGCAAAGUAACACGGCGCGGGACGAUGAGGACUAUUUCAGCCCGCACCGACAGCCCGCCCCAGAUCGCAGGACCAGCGCCGACCACGACAGUCCACUUGAGGAGGAAAGUGAAGAAGAAGACGUCAUCCCUACUCAUGACGAUGAGGAGGAGGAUGGCGGGAUGGAUAUUCCUACUCACAACGUCCGAUCGAGCAUCGCCAAGCACAGUGCAGGCGGACAGACUGCGGCGGAUUUGAGAAGACGACAAUUGGCCACCAUUCGUUCUAACGAUGAUGACGAUGAUAUCGAAACUCCCGGUGAAGAGACCGCUGCUGAGAAAAGGCGUCGGAUGGCUGCUUUGGGGCUGGGUGGUCGAGACGAAGACACAGACAGUGACAGCGAAGAGGACGAGCAGCCACGUCGGGUUGACACUGCAGUUCCGGAGCCUAGUGAGGGAGGACCGUCGGCGCAGCCUAGGGCGAGGAUUCAAUGGGCCGUGGACAGUGGGAGGGAGAAGGAGAGGGAGAAGCCGGAGAAGCCGGCGAAGGAUCCGUAUGAUAUAUACGCGGGUGAUCCUAUAGUCGGGGCGGCGAGGAAGUUGAGGGGGAUGAUGAAGAAGAGGUCAUGA